AUGUCUACAUCUUUUAGUAUUGAUCUGAAAAAGAAAAAGUCUUCGAAUAAAAGCAAAGGAAAGAAGAAAAGAAACAAUAACAACAUCUUUGGAGAUGUUACAACCCCAGAUACAUCCACAAUUGACAAUAUUCAUAAUAACCAAAAAAGGCGAAAGAUUAAAAUAACAGAAGUUUCACAAGACGAUUUAUCAAACGAAAAACCAAAGAAAGACGACCUAGUCAUUGUAUUAGGUGAUCGGAAUGAUGAAACUGAGGAAUUGGCUGCUACAACUUUGGAUGAUUAUAAGACUGUCCCUGUUGAACAAUUUGGUAGUGCAAUACUACGUGGGAUGGGAUGGGACGGUACGUCCACCGAUGUGAUAGAUAAGAAGUCCGAAAACACUUUGAAAUCUGCACAUAUUGAAGGCCUGGGUAUUGGUGCCAAGGGUGACGCCCAGAUUACUGACACAGAAUCAUUCAUGCCACUAAUUAAACUGGAUAAGAAACAGAAUAGAUAG